ACUACGUAAAUUAAACUGUCUUUGCAGUAAAAAAAAAUUGAAAAAAAUUGUAAAUUCCAAUUUGUGUGACUUGUUUUACCGUACCAUAUUUUUCUACUAUAAUAAUAUGACUUCUACAAAUACAACGCCGCACGUAGACAGAGAGCUUGACUUAUCGAACACAGGAAGAGGAGUAUGGCUCGUAAAAGUUCCCAAGUAUAUAGCAAACAAAUGGGAAAAAGCAACUGGUAAUAUAGAAGUAGGCAAAUUAAAAAUAUCUCGGGUUCCUGGACAGCGAGCACAAGUGCAACUUUCUUUGUCAGAAGCAGUUUUAUGUUUAAACGACCCCGGCGAACAGAGCAUACCAAAAGAGCAUAGACUUGAUGUAUCCAAUGUGACCCGACAGUCUUUAGGAGUUUUCUCACACGUAGUGCCAACAAAUACUGAUUCAGUAGUACCAGAGUCAGAAAAACUGUACAUGGAGGGGCGUAUAGUACAAAGGCUAGAAUGUAGACCUUAUGCUGAUUCUAUAUACUAUAAGUUAAAGUCAGAAUCCAUAAGGAAGGCAUCAAUGCCGCAGAGACAAGUACAACAAUUAGACAGAAUAGUACAAAACUUCAAACCAGUUUCUGAUCACAAACAUAAUAUUGAAUACCAGGAACGUAAAAAGGCUGAAGGCAAAAAGGCUCGUGAUGAUAAAGAAGCUGUUCUUAAUGUAUUGUUUGCAGCAUUUGAGAAACAUCAGUAUUACAAUAUUAAAGAUCUGCAAAAGAUAACAAAACAGCCUAUUGUAUAUCUAAAGGAGAUAUUGAAAGAGGUGUGCAACUAUAACUUAAAGAAUCCCCACAAGAACAUGUGGGAGUUGAAACCUGAGUAUAGACAUUACAAACAGGAAACUCCAGUUGAAACAAAACAAAAUAGCUCAGACAGUGAUUAGUAUAAAGGUGUUUACUUUGAUUCUCUGAGGCCCUUGCAUCAGUCUGAGUAAAUGGUAAUAAUGAGAGUGACAAUAUUACAACAUUAUAAGUUCACAAUGACUUUUUACCUAGACUAAUAUUCAUGGGCUUUUGGGUUCAUACAUAUUGACUGUUAAUUUUGGUAAAUAAAUUCAAUUAAACACA